AUGGCAGAAAACAACAUCAUAGACCGCUUGAGGUCGUCGGCCUUUGACCUUGGUGAGGUCAGGGACGCUCUUCGCGGCAAAGCUGUCCCUACGGUUCUGGAACAUCGAAUAACGCGACUCUGCGUGAUCCGUGGCAUUCGAUACCACGAGCAGUUCGCCGAGGAUUCAGAGCUAGAACAGUUCAGGCAAUAUGUGCCUGAAGUCUCUCGUGCUUUAACUGCUCGUGCGGUCAUGAGCAACAAAAUACCCUCUAUCCCUGAAGCGCGAGACAGACCUUACUGUAUCUCGCACCCUCAGGUGGCUUCACAGGACACCUACAGGAAGCUGUGCCAACUAUGUGGAGCUGUAUCUCGAGAUGGAUCUGUCGCCGAGGAAGCUCGCGCUAGUGGAUCCAUGGAAAUAUUUGAAUCCAUCAUGCGAAAACCUGUUCGAUACCGCGUCACAAAUGACUACACUAGAGAAAUUACGCUGCAGGACCCAACUACUGCAUGCUUGAACGAUGAUAACGCCAUUGUAUUUACUCUCGAUAUCGACCAAGGCAUCAACAAACCGAGAGACGAAGAGAGAGACCCUGUCAUUGAAGGGGCAACCGUUGAAGAGUCCCAAGAUGCCAGCGACUUUGACGGUAUGGACUAUCUUUACCCCUUCUCUGGGUUUGAUGAGAAGAUGUUCAACAUUACAGAGGACAUAAACGUGGGCGAGGUGGAUUCAGAAGAACCACAUCUGAAUUACCUACCGGAAUUGCUCUUUCAACCUCUCCCCGCCGAUUUGCCACAGGGAAACAAGGACCUUUUGAUCCUGAUAGCUGCCUAUUAUGGAAACAGCGAAAGGUAUGCCAGGCUGCAUCGUCCUCGCAUGAUUAAAGGGGAACCAGGGUGCGUCGUGCGUGGAAUCUAUCACAACUCUAUGUUCUCCCUCUGGUGUGCGACCCAGACCAUACCAGACUGGCCGGCUAGCUCGCAUGUGACGAUGGCGAUACAUGCUCGGAUGGUUGUUUUCCUCCGCAUGUGA